GUCACAUACACACCUAACCCACCCUUAUAUCCACCACCACCACUAACACCAACAAUAUGCCCCAACGCGCGCGCGACCGUUCCGCCCUCGCAUCCCCUCACCCCGCCGACCAAGCCCGGGCGACCCGCGCCCUCCAGGUCGCUCGGCAACAACUCGAGCACCCACGGGAUCGACAUCGAUCCAAAGGCCUCCUAGGCUGCACAUGCGGGUGUGCGUCCGCUGCCCCUUCGCGCUGUACCUGCCGUAUCGCUGACCCGGUGCAUUUCCAUUCCGGUUCUAUCUUGAUGAUCGUAGACUGCGACCGGUACACUCAUGAGCCUGUUGGAGAGUUCCGCCGAAGCCGGGGCGGCAGGCCGCUCGAGCUGAAGUCGGACGAUAUGCGCCGAUGGACUGUUUCCGAGCUCCAAUAUUUUGGUGUCUACGGUGAUGGGAAAUACGACGGUCCGGAGCGGGAGAAGAGGCACCCAGGAUCUACCGGCGUAGAUCUGCUCGCUAUUGCCAAGCCUGGCAAGGGAAGGAGGGGCGUGCCGAAGGGUUACGAACUUGUGCAACGCCCGAGGGAGGUGAUCGUCCUCGAUGAUGAUGAUGAGGCCGAGGGGGAGUGGGAAGACGACUUCGAGCUUGUGGACAUGCCCGCACGGGGGAAGAGGAAGGGGAGGACGUUUGCUCAGGCUGUGAAGGGCAAGGGCAAGCGAAGGGAACGAUGAGCUUUCUUGUCGUUGCUGGGAUUGCUUUCACCUCCUUCUGGUAUUGUUGACUUGUGCUUAAGUUUAACGAAGGCACUGAUAGCCUGUGUUUUGAUGUAUAAAUAACUUGAGGAGAAAUGCAUGAUGAAGGUGAUGACUC